AUGAGUGGACGGGGCCGCGGACGAGGCGGUUCGCGAGGGCGAGGGAAACCGCGCGGCGGCCGAGGAUCGCGGCGCGUCGCCACUUUCGAAGAAGUCAUGGAGCGAAACGCGGCUCUCGAACGCAGAGAGCGGGGCGAAGAAGAGUCGAGCGAAGAAGAGGAGGAGGAAGAAGAAGAGGAAGAAGAAGAAGAGACGGCGGCCACCAAGUUCAAGAGACCCCUCGAUUUCCUCAGGCAACAAAAGAAAAAAGAACUGGGCGAGGACGACAGCGAAGACGAGGAAGAGGACUUGUCGAUAAAUCUGGGCAACAUGCGCUUGUCGAUGGCAAAUCCCAAUCGCGACCGGAAGGCUGUGGAGAAGACAGGCGUCGUGGAGCUAAGCAGACGCGAGAGAGAAGAAUUAGAGAGGCAAAGGCGACAGCGCAUCUACCAGAAACUGCAUGCGGAAGGCAAGACGGCAGAAGCCAAGGCAGAUCUCGCUCGGUUGGCGGAGGUCCGACGGCGGCGCGAAGAAGCAGCUAGAUUGCGGGCACAGAACGGAGGCGGGUAG